ACAGAACGAGAGCCUAGUGGUAGUUUGCAAAUACUGACAUAUUUACCAACUUACAUGUUACAUUUUUUAUUUCCUCUUUUUUACUUCCUCUAUCACCUACGGCACCAUGGCUCCACCAUCAGCGCAGACAAUCCUGGUCACGGGCGCGAACGGCUAUGUCACUCUUCACGUCAUCAAAUCGCUCUUGGAAAAAGGGUAUAACGUCCGUGGCACUGUGAGAUCCCAAAAAGCAGCUGAUAAGGUCCGUACUGCAUUGCCUCAAUACUGGGGUACUCGGCUCGAAACCGUCUUCGUCACGGAUCUGACCAAACCCGAAUCCUACCGCGAUGCUCUUGACGAGGGAAUUGCGGGCGUCAUCCAUGCCGCCAGCCCAGUGCAUGGAGAUGUCCAGGACAAUGUCUGUGAUAUGCUGGGCCCUGCUAUCAAAGGCGCGACAGCCAUCCUGGAUGCUGUGUCGCAGUUGGAAUCGUCUGUAUGCAGACGCGUGGUGCAGUUGUCCUCUUUCUCCAGUAUCCUAGAUCCCGCCAAAGGGUUCCGCCCGGGCUACAACUAUACGGAAAAGGACUGGAAUCCGGUUACGUUUGACGAGGCCGCAGCUUUGGAUAAUCACUCCGAGCUCUACAUUGCUUCAAAAUCAUUGUCAGAGCGAGCCGUCUGGGACUGGGUCAGCAAAAAGAACCCUAAAUUCGACGUCGUCUGCGUCAAUCCAUCCUUCAUCGUGGGUCCACACCUGGGUCAAGUCGACUCAACCAAGACAGCCUCGACUGGAGCGAUGCUCUGGUCGAUUAUUGACGCUGAAUCCAUCCCAACCCUCCUGUUCGGGGGUGGCGUCGACGUCCGGGAUGUUGGUGCAUUUACGGUAGCAGCUUUGGAAACUCCUGAGGCCGCUGGCGAGAGGUUUCUGGUGGCCCACCACUUCGACUGGCAAAGUGUUGCUGAUACCACAAGAGAAGCUUUUCCCGAGAUCAAACAUCGUAUUCCUGUUGGCGAGCCGGGGACCGGUAAACCAAAGGCCUUGGAGCACAUUUACCAGGUGGAUGGGACUAAACUUACUCGGGUACUAGGCGUCGAAUACCGUGCCUUGGAAGAAACUGUGAGGGAUUCUAUUCAGGAGUUUCUCGAAGUGGAACAGAGGACCCAGGUGGCCACUGCGUGAGCGUCCGACCUCUGAUGCCGCACUUGAGUGCUAGGUUAUUGCAGAGUGAUGUGGCAACCUAUGCAGUUUCUAUUAGAGUGUAAAACUUUCUAGAAGUUUACUAUUGAUAAGUGGAUAGUUAAAAUAGCAGAUGUUUUGUUAUGUGGAAUAAAAGAUAUCUUGCUAUU